AUGAAUAGCUGUAUGAUCGCGCAAAUCGCAUUGCUGUAUUCUAGUUACGUACAUGGUAUAACAUGCUAUGAAUGCUCAUCCGGCGUUAUUGACGACUGCCUAAGAGCAAGCGUCCCUUGCACCUAUGGACUUUUUGGCUGCUUGAAAACGACAAUUUAUUCCGGUGGCAUUGAUAAAUUUGGCAACCACAAGAACCAAGAAGAUCGAGUGAUAGGCACGUACCGAGGAUGCGUCGUGUUACCCAUGCCAGGUCCUGAUAUAUGUCAACAAUUCUCGUUAUUUGGUUACCGAAUCGUUACCUGUCAUUGCUUCAAUGAUUUUUGUAAUGGUAUCAUAUCUGCCCAGAUGAUCUUACCAGUUAUGUUUUCAUUCAUCAUUUGCUAUUUCACAACCUUCGUCUUGUAA